GGAUAGACAAGCAAUAGACACAUCCACACAACAGCUCCAAAAUGAUGGAAAUACAGCGUCUCGAGCGCCAGAAGCGUUUAUUGGCCAUGCGCCAUGCUGCAUCAUCACUGCCUUCCAGUCAGGAGAAGGAAUUCAAUUUGCGCCUGGUGGACCUCUACAGGGAGCAGCCGUGCCUGUGGAAGAUCACGCUGCCGGCGUACAAGGAUGCGGACAUGAAGCGCAGUUCAUGGGAGAAGAUUGCCAGCCAACUGGGCAGUCAUCUUAGUGCCGAAUUCAUACGCUGCCGGAUGCGCAACAUGCGGUAUCAACUUAAUGUGUACAAACUCCAGAUGAUCGAGUAUCAGAUGACUUCCGGCAAGGGAAAACCGCCAGAGAAGCCCUACUACGUUGAUCGAUUUGCUUUCCUGGAGCAGGAAGAUGGAGCUGAGGAGUCGGAUAACCAACAAUCUAACGCAAACGCCAAGAAACAAAAUAUUCCAAGAUCCGAGAGGUUUGCGAAGCUUUGGUCGGACUUUAAUUUGAAAUCCAUGACCAAAAGGGAAUCCACUGAUGCCAGCAGCAAGGAGAGCCAUCGUUCCGGCCAGAGAAUCGCCGAUAUGGUCAAGAUGCGCAUGGAUGCGCAGGUUGGGCCACUGGCGUUCGACAGGCCGCGUCUGAAAAUCCCAGAUUUUAAGCAAAACAUCAUCUGGAAGCGGAAUUUGGGCAAUCGCUCGUCGGACACCUCCGUGGGAGAUCUUUCAGAGACUUUGUCCACAUUGCAGGCACGUCCUGGUGAUUCCGUAUCCAAGACCAAGAUGAACCAGAAGGAUCUGGACAGUGAGCAGCCGACGACCUCCAGGAUGGCAAAAUAUGCUCUGGCCAACGAUGGCCAGUCGGAGGAUGAGGAGCUGUACAAAAUGCAUUGGAAGGUUCGCACGGGUCAAAGGUCAUUACGUCCUGGACACGAUCGCUGCCAGAAGUUGCCAACGCUAUCGCUUCCUUCGAAGCCCGACGAACCCACUCCAGAUAUAUUUUAGCCAACGUUUCUAACCAAUGUUUCUAAAUUGCUUUUCUUGUGUUAAGUUUAAAACAGGAUUAUGGACCACAGACAAGGGCAAGCUGGGAAAGUACUUCAUUAGGGUAAUUUACGAUUCCAAAAAGCCAAGACAUUCCUGAAUCUUCAUGCAUUACAAUAGUCAAGAUAAAUGAAUACGCAGCAAAUAAGCAGAGUGGGGACUAACAUUAAGUAGUUAAAAUAUAGUACAAAUUUUAGUCGAUCAUGCCAAAUGAAAUAUGAAGAAAAUAUGAAAUUAUCUGGAGCAAAAGAAAUGAACAGCAGUUAGGAGAGCAAAAAUCAAUGACCUUCUUUUCAACCUGCCCAUCAAAACAGUCAAAAAUACACUUGCCAUCCAUUUGACCUAUUGUGCCAUUGACAACAUGUCUGAAUACACCGCAGCCACCUGUUUGACAAUCCGAAGGACAUUCACUUCGCCCCAAUGCGUGUUGAGGGCUCCAUUUCAAGUUUGAUUAAUUCUUGAGUCUGGCUGGGCAAAUGAGGCGGAAAGAUACGGCCCAAACUCACCGAGUCCGGCUAUGAUUUAUGAAUACUUCAGAACGAUGAUGACGAACACAGUCUGUAUGCUAAAGCGAAGUUGCGAACUCUUGCCGCAAAUCCAAAAACCACCGACGAAAUUAGUUUUUGGCUGUCAAAGUAAAUUCCGAAAUUACUUCAAGAAAUUACACAACGCACACAGUUUAACCCCACAGACACAACCGCCUGGCAAAAGGACUCAUCCCCAUCCGACAUCCCUAAGCGCAAAUUCCGACUUCCCCCCGAUGCCCGAUGCGUUGCUCAUUAGCGUGAAAAUUUAAUUUAAUUUCUUCCAAUAAACCCCUUAAGUGCU